GUCAUCGAUGUGCGACAACCCUGGCAGCAGGAAGGUUUUUCGGCCGAAAAAUAAAGAACAAUAAAACGUUUGUGGCCCGCAGCAAAAAAGGGAUCGCCGAGUGCCGUGUUAACCGGUGACCUCUCGCCCGUGCCCCGUGACCUGUGACCCCGCGCAACGGCCCGCUUCAGUGUUAAUUUGUGGCAGCAAAAGCAGCAAAAUUUGGAGCAGCAGCGUGUAAAAAGUUGCGGAAUUAUCGUGGCACCGCGGAGAAAGAGAGAGAGCAGGAGAGAGCGAGCGGAGCGAGCAGAAGAGAGAGACUGCCGCACGCAUAAAAUAUGAUCAAAUUGCAAAAUUGAUCUCAAUUGGCCACUCAACAAAAGCAAACACAAAUUUCAAUGUUUGGCGCCUGCUGCGACUCUUGAGACUCGUCUACAUCCGCAAGUACAUCCAAUCGGGAUCUGAGCCAAGUUUCUCACUUUUGGCUUCAAAGCCAUGGCGUCCACGUCGACGUCGGCUUCCACGACGGCGGGAUCCUCCGGCGCGGCAGGCGGAGGAGCAGCCACGCCCAUCUCCACGCCCUCGACGCCCCAGCCGUCGGGCGUGAGCAGCGGACCCAGCAGUAACGUCAACAACAACAACAAUAACAACAACCUGGUCUCACCAUCCGGGAACAACAAUUUGAUGACCCCCGUCCAGGCAUUCACUCCGACCGGACAGCCAGUGUACAAUCCACCCGUCUACAUGUCCGCCCACGGUGGACACCCCCACGCCGGAGCCCAUUACCCGGCCAUGAUACCCGCUCCGAUGCCCAGCAACCACGUCUACGUGAACAACGUCACUGCCAAUGUGAACCUGCAUGGCUGGCCGCACGGGGUUCCGGCUUAUAUUCCGCCUGGAGGUCAGCAUCACUACAUUGGACACGGCGACAUGCCCCAGGAGCAGGGCAACACGGUGAUGCCGCACCUGCAGCCUGUGCCCAUCAAUUUGGCGCCCCAGGGCGGCUCUCCGAAUCCCCACGUCCCUAGAAUGGGUGGUGGACGCACGCGAGAACGCGGUCGUCCCCGUGGAGGCGGACCGCGACGCAAUGACUACCAUGGGCCACGUCACCUCCAGCAGCAGCAGCAGCAACUGAUCACCCUUCCGCCCCAGCAGCAAAUGCCACCGCCGGACGGAGCCAAUCCCGGGCUGCAACUUCAGCCGGAUCAGAUGGGUCAGCAGUUGGCGCCGCCAGAGGCGCAUAUGCAGCACCUACAGCAGUACUACGCCGCUGCGCCGCCUACCUACGCCUACGGGCCGUAUCCCUCUCCCUACUUCACACCGCAGCACGCCAAUCUGCAGCCUCCCCCCAAUGCCACUGCUGCCCAGCAGGCCACCGGGACGCCGCUCUUCAUCUCGGGACCGGUUAUGUAUAAUCCUGCGUGGUUCAAUCACGGUGGGUACAUCUACCCCAUGAUGCAUCCGGCCGAGUACCAAUAUGUGCCCGAAGACGCUGGCCAGCCGGGAGUGGAUGAACGUGGCGCUCAGCCGGACGGCGGAAUGACCCAGAUCUGGCACCAGGGCCCCAUGUACGCAGAGGACUUCGAAGUGCUUCAGCAGCAGCAGCAACAGGUGGCUGUACAUCCCAACGGAGGUGCCGUCAGUGUAGCCGAUGAGCUCAACCACAACAGCUCAUCCCUGCCCUCCUCGGAGACGUCGAGCAUGCUCAGUCCGAACUACCCCAUCUACGAUCCCCAGAUGCACGAGAUGCAGCAUCAAAUGGGCGUGAUGCAGAUCUACGACGAUGGUCAGAUGGCCGCUCUGCAGCCCAUCCAUCCAGGAGCUGGUCCGCUGCCACAGCAGUACGAGGAUGAGCUCGCCGAAUGCGGAGCUCCGCCACCAGGCGCUAUUCCUGUGGCCUGGACUGCUGCCAUGCCCCUGCCACCGGAUGGAGUCCAGCCUGCACUGCUGCCGCCGCCGCAUCACAUUUUGCAGCAAACAUCGCCCAUGCUAAUCGAACAGCCAGCCCAGUUGAUUCAGGCCCAACCUCCACAGCCACCAACACCCACUCCGCAACAGCAACAGCAGCAACAGCAGCAGCAGCAACAACCACAUCAGGAGCAAGCGGUUGACAAGAGUUUGACAAAGAACAACAACGAGGUGGUGGCCUUGGAUGAAAAGUUGGCCAACGAGAAGCAGCAGCAAAUCGAGUUAGAGUUCCGUCAGCAGCAACAGGAGCAACUGCAGCAGCAGCAACAGCAACAGCAUCAUCAUCAGCAACCACAACAGCAGCAGGUAGAAGAGCAGCAGCAGCAGCAACAGCAGCAGCCGCAGCAACUACAGCAGCAGCAGCAAACUGAAAAACCGCCAACAAAAGUGCCAAACCUGGUGGUAGCAACAGUGGCACCGCAGCUGCAACAGCCACCACCGCAGCAGCAUCAUCAGUCAGCUUCGCAGCAACAUCAGCAGCAGCAAACAUCCCCGGUGGUGGUGCCGCCACAGCAACAACAGCAGCAGCAGCAACAGCAACAACCUGCGCAGCAGACUAGCUACCAUGAUCAGCAUCAUUUGCCGCAGCAGCAGCAAUCGCAGCAACCGCAGCAACAGCGCAAGCCCUCGCAGCAAUACAAUCAAUCGCAGCAGCAACAGGUGCGUCGCAAGUACUCCUCGGAGUACAACCACCAUCAUCACCAGCACGGCAGCAGCGACACGGGCAUCCAAACCACCAAGACCAUGUCCUGGACCAAUUCCGCCCAGCACAAAAAGUCCACGCAGUCGGUUUCGGUCACCGCUUCUCCCAACAAUGUAAACAAUGGACCGGCAGUGGGUGCUGCAAGUGGUCCGGCGGGCAAAACCAACUACAGCCACACCACAAAGACGUUCACCAACCAGCAGCAUUACCAGCAGCAACACUACCACACUCAGAACAGCUACAACAACAACAAUAGCAACAGCAACAGCGGCGGAAACAGCAGCAACAGCAGCUCGAGCAGCAGCAACAACCAGCCUCAGGUGCGCAACUAUGGCACCAUGAAGGUGCCCUCCUCGCCGGUGGCAAGCACAGCGCCAACGCUGGAGCGCAAGAACAGCCAACAGACAGCGGCGGCACCCGCAGCAGCAGCAGCUGCAGCUGCAGCACCCGUGGCAAUCGCAACUGCAACUACCUCAACGGCCAGCAUUACAGCUAACCCGAAUCAAUUUCAACCGGAGUCCGGCAACAGUGGUGCCUCGCCAGCCGUAGCUGCCCCGCAGCAACAGCAGCCUGCAGCACAGCAACAUGCAGCACAAGCAGCAGCAGCCCCAAGCAAAUCCUACAGCAGCUAUGCCUCCAAAAAGCAUCAGAGCUACGAGCCCGUAGUCCUGAGCUCCGUGGUGGCCACCAGCUCGUCAGCCAACCCGCAGCCGCAGCUUAAUCUUGCCCCACCUGCGCCGCCAGCCUCGCAGAGCAGCAGCGACAGUUCGCAGCUUUCGUGGGCCAGUCUGUUUGCCAGCAACAAGCCCGUGGCGAAGGUGGCGCCCUACGAGGCCAGCAAAAUUGCCCAACAGCAGCAGCCAUCCCAUCCCGUGCUCCAAUUGGCUCCUCCGCAGCCCGCUCAAGUGGCAGCUGCCGCUCCAGUUGCUCAGCUGGCGUCGCCUCCCCAAAAUGUGCCCCUGCCCACGGCUCACCAGCAAUCACAGUUGCCAGCUCCUGUGCCCGCGCCCACGGCUCCGCUGGUCACACCAGGAACACUCUCCUAUUCGGCUGCAUCCGCUCAGGCCGUUCCUGCUCCCAGCCCCGCCUCGGCAUCCAUCAAACCACUCAAAGCGGAACCCCCGCGUCCGGUGCAGCAGCAACUGGACGAGUGGACCAACAAGUACGCCGAGUACCUGACGCGCCACAAGACCAACUUGGCGCCGAUCAGCCUGCGUCCGCGAGGACUGACCAACAGGUCAAACUACUGCUACAUCAACUCGAUCCUGCAGGCCCUGCUCGGCUGCUCGCCGUUCUACAACCUGCUGCGCUCCAUUCCCAAGCAGGCGGCUGUCCUGAGCGAGGUCAAAACGCCCACUGUGAACGCCAUGAUGUCUUUUAUGACCAACUUUUCCUCGCUGCCCAGCGGUCUUCGCUUGCGCCUGAACAACCUCAACAAGGGAUCCCAGAGCAAGGGCAAGGACGAGUUUGUGGGCUCAGACUUGCAAUGCGACAUGGCCUUUGAACCCACAGAGAUCUACAAGCUGUGGAACGACAGCCGCGAGGAGCACGUGGAAGGUCGUCAGGAGGACGCCGAAGAAUUCUUGGGCUAUGUUCUUAACAAGCUGAACGACGAGAUGCUGGAGGUGAUUAAGCUGAUUGAUAAGCCCACACCCCAGCAAAAUGGCCAGGAACCCGCGGAACCAGAGGAUGGCGGCGAUGUUUGGCAGAUGAUUUGCAACAAUCGUAACAAGGGCAGUGUGACCCGCCAGACCGACUUUGGACGCACUCCCGUAAGCGAUAUCUUCCGGGGAGAACUGCGUUCCCGGCUGCAGCGUGAAGGAGAACACUCCACGGAUGUGAUUCAGCCUUUCUUUACGCUUCAACUGAACAUCGAAAAAGCUGCAUCUGUGAAGGAGGCACUGGAGAUUCUAGUGGGUCGCGAUCAGCUGGAGGGAGUCACAGGCAGCAAAACCAAGCAGGAGGUGGUGGCCUGGCAGCAGAUGACGCUGGAGAAGCUGCCCGUCGUCCUGAUAUUGCAUUUAAAGUACUUCGACUACCGCUCUGAUGGGUGCACAAAGAUUUUGAAGAAGGUGGAGUUCCCUGUGGAACUGAAGAUCGAUGCCAAAAUCCUCGGCUCAAAGAAGACCUCGCAGAAGCAGCGCGCCUAUCGCCUGUUUGCAGUCGUCUACCACGACGGCAAGGAGGCGUCGAAGGGCCACUACAUCACGGACGUGUUCCACACGGGCUACAGCAGCUGGCUGCGCUACGACGACAGCUCGGUGAAGCCGGUCAGCGAGAAGCACGUUCUCCAGCCGCACACGCCUCGUGUGCCCUACCUGCUGUACUACCGCCGUUCAGACACCCUGCCACCGCAGCAGCAGCAAAGCCAGCAGCAGAAUGGCGGGGGAUCAGGUGGAGUCGUGGGCAGCAGCUCCUCGUCAUCGAAUGCCGGGGAUAACAAGUGAAGAGGAACGACAACGGAGCGUUGUAAAAAUACAUCAGAACUUUAAGUGCUAGCGAUAUACUACAUAUAUUUUUGUGUCCGUGCGUGUGAGCGAGAAUGCGAGUUUGGUUUUAUAUGCAUAUACAUAUACAAAUUAACAAAUUAACAAUUAGAUAUAUUCGCGCGGUAUAUAUUUAAGCCCAAAGUCCAAAGCGCAUGACCGUGUGUUAGAGUACGAUUGUGUGAGAAAGAACAUUAGCUCUAAGCUAGACUAGAAUUAAGAUAGAGUAGAGAAAUAGGCAGCAAAAGAAACUCGUUGGAACGAAAACUUUGUACAAAGAGAAACGAAAGAACUCUGUAAACUAAACAGCGAGUAAAUUAACAUAUAACUUAGUGCUAAAUUUACAAAAUCCUUCAGCGUAGCGAAACCCCCCAAUAUCUGUGGCACAAAAGCUCUCCCAGAUGUUAGAAGUAGUGGAUGUUAGAAAUGCCCUUACGUUCCCCUGAAAUUUUGGCGAUAUGUUAUGACAAACGCUUUGAGCUGUAUAUAUACACAAAUAAUCAUAUAUUGUAGUUGAUCAGUUUCGCGGCAUGCACCAUGCAUUUAAACAAACCAACCCAGCAACAAUAUAUAUAUCGAAUGCUUUGAAUAUGCUUUAAAGAAAAAUAUACAUUUAGAACCAAGGUGUUUUCCACACAAAGAGUAAAUACAGGCAGUGGUGGUCAGAGCAAUGGCCGCAAGCAUCUCAGCAUCUGCAAGCCAAAUUGGAUUACUUUGGUUAUGGUCUCGAAGACCAAAUCAAAUAGUUUCUUCCUUUACUAACGAUUUUUGCUCAGGUAGAUGGAAGUUUGAACAUGAAAGUAACGAGCUGAACACAUUAUCUUCACGGCCACUUACUAGACCACUACUGCACAUUGCAUUGCAUAUAGGCAGCAAAAUAAGUUAACAUCGCGUUCAUUUUGUAAUUUAUUUUAUAUGUUGUUUAGUUUUAUACGUAAUCAGUAAUCAGUUAGGCAAGCAGAUUCAUACAUAUUACAUAUACGAAACUUGUUAUUCAUAGUUAGAGAAACUUUUUUGGGGAUUGUCCCCGGCUUGGAUGCGAUGUGUUUGCCUUCAUGAUAUUCGAGUUCUUAACUUUCUUUCCUCAGACCUAGAGCAUUUAGUUUGUACAUCAUGUUAGAGAAAUGUGUUGGGAUUGUAACGAAAGAUUUAAAAGGAAAUAAUAAUUAUUUGUAAUCGGGUACGAACUAAAGCUAAUCAACCAUACUAGUUAAUAGAUGUCUUACAAACGUAUACACCCAUAUAUAUUUUCUUAAGCUAUAUAAUCUAAACGCGUAUAUAUUAUUUAUAGAUAUCGUGCCAAUGUUAAAACAUCUAAAAAUUUUCAAAAACCAAAAAAAAAGUUAAUUCGAGUAAGAAGACAUUAUAACUUGUCAAAGCUUGUCAGUGGCUAAACAAAAAGGGAAUAAUACAAUUAAUUAACGAAUAAUAACUUCUUAUCAUUUGUUUGAUGACUACAAUUUUCAAACACCAUAAAAGCAAAAAAGAAAGAAAUCAUUGCAGGCUUUUAAAUGAUCGUUUAAAAAUAUUUAAAGAUUACUGAAGUGCGUGCUGAUUUAACCGAUGAGUAAUCGUUCUCAAAUGGAUUGUUAUUCUGCAAUGCACCUAAGAACCCGGUCUUUAUUGGUGAGGGAAUAAGCUGAAGUCUUCAAAUAAUCUUGGGGUAAUCAUAUAAUAGUGGAAUGCAUUGGCAUAUUUCGCAUAUAUUAUGAAUAGGACUCAAAAGCGAAACCAUAAAUAUAAAUCUACAUAUAUAUAUAUAUAUAUUUUGAUGUUAUACAUAUAUGAACUAAUUUUAAGCGAAAUUAUAGGAUUUUUAUAGAAACUUGUACGCGUCUGCGUUUCGCUAGUUACAAAUAGGUUCCUAAAACUAUACGCAAAAACAAAAAAAAAGAUGAUACAACCACAAAACGGAAAGAAAUGUAAAAGCAAAGGAAUAUUGAAAAACAAUAAUAUUAUUACUGAUACAUGUAGUUUAAAGCCAAGCUAAAACCAUAAACAGUAACAUUUAACUGGAAACAAACAAACAAUACAUAUAAAUUUAUAAAUCCAAUUUAUACAAAAACCACGCAAAGCAAAGAAAAAUGAAAAGAUUGAAUGAAGUUGAAUUACCAUUUAUAUAUUUUUGCAAGCGAAAUUAGAAUGUCAAACAUAAACGAAUGAAACACGUAGCAUAGAACUAAAGCCGUAAAAUUGUAAAGUUUUCGCUUAUUUAAAAAUAUUAUUUUUUUUUGUAUUGUUAUGUAAUUUAUGGAAUACUCCAAAAAUGAUUGUAUUUUUUUAAUUAUCUACCAGCACUUAUUGUUAUGUCCAAGCUGAAAAGUGUGUUUUAAAGCCGUUGUGGAAAUGGAAUCGAUAUCUGAAUUUAUAUCAUAUUUAACCAAGUAUCCUUUUUUUUUCGUAAGUCUCCAACUGCCUGAUGGUCUUGAAACGCACCGUUCUGUGUCCUAUUUUUUGCUAUUAUAACCAAAACACGAUUUUCUUUGUAUCUUUUGAUGAAUUUUGUAAUAUCCUUUUGACAUUCUGUUGUCCCCGAUUUAUGUAUGUUUUAGUUUUAAGUAGUUUCUAAGGCUGUGUAACUAACUAACAUAAGUAAUAAUCCAUUUGGCGUUUGGCCAGGCAUGGAGAGGGAUCUUUGCCCCGAUUGUUGUAAUUAAGUUUGCCGGACAAUUUUUGUUUAUUUCGAUUUCGCAACCUUUUCCUACUUUUUGCGGCCUCUGGCCAGAGGCUCCUCCGAUAAACAGAUAAACAGAAAUUGGCAAGUGCACUUACUAAACGUAUAACGAGGAUUAGCAUGUAAUCGGGGAGGAAGUCGGAUUAAUCGAGCUGCUCUAAGUACGCUUAGCCAGCUGACAAACUAAUAUUACGAGUUUUGUAAACGAAAGUUUUCUAAGGCCAGACGAUGAGUGGAUGGCUGAGUGUGUGGAAGGCGAUGGCCAAACAGCAAAGAAUAACAAGACACUAGAUGUUUAACAAUGCGAAAUGAUUAACAAACACAAUCUGAAGUGAAAUAAUUAGUCCACAUUUAGUCUAAAGAAAGAAACCAUGCUAAAGUAAAUCUACAAACUAAAACGAAUUCAGUUAAACUAAGUAAACUUAACAAGCGGAUAUGUACCAUGGAAAGCUAAAUCAUAAACAAUCGAAAUGAAAUGAAACAUUAUCUAGCAAUAAAAUAAACGAGUGAUUUCAUUGCCACAA